GCGUUUUAGAGAGAUAAAAAGAGCGUUUUAGAGAGAGAUCCCUCACAUUAUGGAGGUGGGUAAUGGCGGGCACUAGGCGUAGGCGGUGAGUUUGGCCAAACAAAAGUUCAAGCCUUCCCCACCAGCUUUUUUUCCCUUAAUAUUAACCCCAUCCAUCUCUCUAUAACCCCCCCACCCCCACUCACCCAGUCUUCUUCUUCUUUUACUCUCUCUCUCUCUCUCUCAAGCUCAUCUUCAAGCCUCUUUUCAGCAUUUACAGAAGAAAAUCUGGAAUGGAGGAAGCAAACGCGACUACUAGUUCAUCUGUUACUGCACCUGCACGCCAAACAGAAGUUAUGAUCCCAAUUCACAAGGUUGAAGAAUCACAAUCUGAUGCUGCAGAAGAAACAGCACAAGCCAAGAACUGGAAGAAACAGAACCUUUUUCUGGAGAUACCUUCAAGAACAACGAUUGUAGAUUCUCCUCAAGAGUUCAUUCAAAUCACAAUGCCUCCAACACCAACUCCGACCCCCAAACGAGUCAACUUUCUCCUCGCACCGAGCUCUUCAGAUGCAAAAGCAAACAUGUCUCCAGGUCCCAUCUCAUCGAGAGGAGGCAGAUCAUCCUUGAGGAACUUGUUACCAAAAUUGAGCUUUAAAAUCCGAACAUCUCAGAUAGAUGAAGACAAAUCUGCUCCUUCUCCUCCUCCUCCGCCCAUUCCUCAAGAGAAGCCUUCUAUUUCGAGAUCAUGGUCUCUUACUAAGAUCUUUACUCCCCGAAUGAAGAGAACAUCCUCUUUACCAGUUACACCAAUGCUUGAUUCAAAUUCAGAUUCUGUUCAUGGAGAUAUUAGCCUAGAUAAUAAUUCUACCGACUUUGAUGUGAAAGUACCCCGUUAUUCAAUACAUCGCUCUCGAUCAGUUCCUGUCCUCUACAAAGAGAAAGGGAUGAAAAGAAAUGAUUCAUUUUUCCGAGUAAUUCCUUCAACACCAAGGUUGAAGGAUGACGGGGAUUCCAUUACAGCAGCUGUAACUCCAACAGGAGAUGCUGAGACGGACGAAGGUGAAGAUAUAGAAGAAGAAGAGGCUGUUUGUAGAAUUUGUUUCGUGGAGCUAUGUGAAGGAGGUGAAACACUUAAGCUGGAGUGCAGCUGUAAAGGGGAGCUUUCUUUGGCCCAUCAAGAAUGUGCAGUGAAGUGGUUUAGCAUUAAAGGGAACAAGAUUUGUGAAGUCUGCAAGCACGAGGUUCAAAACUUGCCUGUCACACUUCUUCGGGUUCAAAGUAUUCGUACUCGAACUACUAAUAAUACUACAAAUACAAGUCUGGAGGUCAAUGGAUACAGGGUUUGGCAGGAAGUGCCGAUACUUGUCAUCAUCAGCAUGCUGGCUUACUUUUGUUUCCUUGAGCAGCUAUUGGUUGGAAAAAUGAGUACUGGUGCUAUAGCCAUCUCUCUUCCAUUCUCUUGUGUAUUGGGUCUUCUUGCAUCCAUGACUUCUUCUACCAUGGUGAAGAGAAGGUUUGUAUGGGUGUAUGCGUCGGUCCAGUUUGCACUUGUUGUCCUUUUUGCCCACAUAUUCUACUCUGUUAUUCGUGUGCAAGCAAUAUUGUCGAUUCUCCUUGCUACGUUUGCAGGAUUUGGUGUUUCCAUGAGCGGGAGUUCUAUUCUAGUUGAAUUCUCUAGAUGGAGAAGAAGACUAAACGCUGAAUUGGGUCUGCAAAACACAUCAUUUCCAAUGCCUCGCCAGAACCGAUUGCCUCAAACUGCAAUGACCUCUAGGUCCCAAACAGAAACAUAGAAUUCCUCAAGUCCCUUUUUCUUAUUUUUUCCAUUGUUUGUGCAUAUUUGGAGAUUUUUUUGUCCCUUCUUUGGUUGGGGUCAGCAAGGGAGGAGACCAUAGAGGGACAAGUUGUCCCGUUUGCUUUGAACAGACGAAUGUUUCCAUGUUCCGCCAUCUUCUUAUUUCUUUUCGUGUGUGGAGAUUACAUGUUUGUUAACUGGCGAUGAUGAUGUUGUAUGUGUAAAACUCUUUCGCAAGUAUGAAGAAAUAGAAGGGAUUUUGGAGUAAUAGCAA